GCUAAGUUUCUUCCUAGAAGGAGCAGGUGAAAAAAGUGCCUGAUCAUUAUGGCACAAGUGGACUUCCAGGACAGGUGGGAUAAGGUGUCUCCUCUCUGCAGCUUGACUGAGGAGUCUCCCAGCACCCAGAUGUUGAACAUGAACUUUGAAAGUGAGGAUGAAGAUGGCGGGGAGGCAGGAGAUAAAAGGGGCAGCUCACCAGUACCUGUCAACAGUCCUGACUUGCCAUGGCCACAGCACCCCAACAAUGAGGAAGAACAGUCCUCUUGCUCCGUCAGUGCUGGGAACGUGGGGCUGAAACCCAUGGAGAAGCCUGGGAAGAAGGCCAGCUGGGGAAAAGAUGAGUCAACAGCGGCCACCCUGACCCAGGACUCUGCCAGAGAAAGUGCGUCUCUGGGCCUUCCCAGGGGCCUUGCGCAUAAGUUGCCAGGUUGGACGCAACCUCCUGAGGACUCACUACCUGCAGGUGGUGCUAGAAACUCCGAGGCAAACCAGGUGGAAGCCUUGGAUGUCCCGUCCAGCUUCCUUGGCCCUGGGAAGUAUAUCCGUGUGCAGAAAGGUAUAGACUCGUCCCCAGACAACUCCCACUCCUCCCUGGCCUGUUUCUCCAGGCCAGAGAGCAGCUGGGACCUCUCACCGCGGGAGAUAAGCACACAGGCCAAGAGGUCUGCCUUUGAGGCCAGCCUGACUCCUGCUGUGCUGGAGGAGGCGUGGACCAGCAGGAAAGGCCAGAGGCUGGCAGGCUCUCAGGAGGACCAGCAGGCCCAGGCGCGUUCCUACAGGUCUCCGCGGGGUGGGCGGUCUGGCCAGAAGCCCCGCAAGCUUCAGAGUGCCGAGGCGCCGCUUCCUGGAGGCUCCAAGCCUCACAGGUGCGAGCUGUGCGGGAAGGCCUACUCCCACCGGGGCACGCUCCAGCAGCACAGGCGCCUGCACACGGGCGAGCGACCCUACCGGUGUCCCUUCUGCGACAAGGCCUACACCUGGUCCUCUGACCACCGCAAGCACAUCCGUACCCACACUGGGGAGAAACCCUACCCGUGUCCAGACUGCGGGAAGGCCUUCGUGCGCUCCUCCGACCUGCGCAAACACCAGCGCAACAUGCAUAACAACGACAAGCCGUUCCCCUGUGCCGAGUGCGGCCUGACCUUCAACAAGCCACUGUCGUUGCUGCGCCACCAGCGCACGCAUCUGGGCGCCAGGCCGUUCCGCUGCCCGGCCUGCGAUCGCGAGUUCGCCGUGGCCAGCCGCAUGGUGGAACACCAGCGCGUGCACUCGGGCGAGCGGCCCUACCCCUGCCCCACCUGCGGCAAGCGCUUCAGCAAGUCCUCCAACCUGUCCGAGCACCAGACGCUGCACACCGGCCAGAGGCCCUUCAAAUGUGCCGACUGCGGCGUGGCCUUCGCGCAACCCUCGCGCCUGGUGCGCCACCAGCGCAUCCACACCGGUGAGAGGCCCUUUGUGUGCGCGCAGUGUGGCCAAGCCUUUGCCCGCUCCUCCACUUUGAAGAGGCACCUACAGAUCCACUCCGGGGAAAAGGGCUUCCUCUGUGCCGAGUGCGGCAGGGCCUUCCGCAUCGCAUCCGAGCUGGCGCAGCACGUCCGAACGCACAACGGGGAGAGGCCCUACCAGUGCGAGGACUGCGGCCAGGCCUUCACCCGGUCCAAUCACCUCCAACGACACCAAGCCAAGCACGGCACCUGCAAGAAGGAGCCCACGCCUUCCUCCUCUGACGAAUGAGGGCUGCACUGGCUGGCUCUCAGGGGAGGCCAAGACACCAAGGACCUCGCAGCUUGAAACCCUCUACCUGCAUUCACGUGGUGUUGCCAGCCAGGCCUCCUUGACAGCCUCCUCCCAGCGGGUCACCGGCUGUGGAGUGAUGCAUUUAAUGUAUGUAUUUGAUCUCUUGUAUAGAAAGUAAUCCCGAGAUUAGCACCCAGUGGUGUUACUUCACACCAUCUUUCUUCUGGUCUCAGAAGUUGUAUACAAUUGGAAAAGGGUAGGGCAGAAAAAAAAAAAAAAGAUGGGAGCUGGGCAACAGUUGAUUCCCUUGGGUUAGAGGAUCUCAAUGGAUAGGACAUUAUUUACAGUUACUGUAUGGGGAUCACUGUGCAGGGCUCCAGAGAUACAGUGAGGAGAAAGAUCGGCUUUUUCUGCUCUCCAAGCCAUAUGCAGAGACUACGAAGACAAUAAUCUGGGGCUGGUCCUCUUCAGAGAAAGGUACUUUUUGUGUUUUAUAUAAGUGAAGAAGUGAUCUCUGUGAUGAAACAAAAGCAACAAGGCUCCCUAGGGAUAAUUCAAGUCUAGCCAGAGUUCCUUGUUUAAUUUGCCUGCUUACAUGACUUCUCCUUUGAGGAAUAUCAUUAUGAGUCUUGGCUUUGGAGUAGAGUAAGCCUUCAUCUUAAAAGGUGAUGGGGUGUUAUGUCCAUUUAUUCUGAAAGUUAAGAACAGUCUUAGCAUCUGAAAAAAGAAGCCUAUUACGCUAUACAGUGACACUUAGUAACUGACUCUAACCUGAGUCUUACCCAUGAAAUUCAUGCCUCCUCUUUGGCCACCCCUUUUCUGUUCACAUCCAGGAGUUUAAGUCAGUGUAACCUUUACCAAGGACUUGACCUAUUUCCAGAGAGACAUGUGGUAUAUCUCCAGACAGGCCUAGCCAUGGUUUAUGAAAUUCUCUGAGUUCAUGUAAAUUUGCCUGGAUCAUUAGCACCUAUUCGAAGUAAAUAAAGCAUCCU